UUGUCCUUUUGUUUGACAUGUCUCAUCAAAUGCUGGAUGCCUAGGGUAGUCGAGGAGAAGAAAGAAUGGCGAAGAUUUGUACAGAGCAAUCCUACCCAUCCAGACACAUGCUUUCAGUCCGAGCCUCUGAAGAUGAACUGGACCAGACUGAAAAUGGUGCAAGCAGGGCACAUUCUCUAUGUGAGGACAACUCCUCUGACAUGCAGGGGAUAAUUUCUUCUGCAACCAGCCAGUUUCAGGAAUCCAGGAGAAGCUCUUUCACAGGUGCUGGGGCUGUGGCAAGGCUUACCCAGUUUCUGGUAAUGCUGAGGAACUGGGCAUCACACAGGCUUCACAGAGAGGUUGAGCGUCCCGACUCCUUUUUAGAGCGAUUCCGUGGACCUGACCUCAAAGAUUUAUCUAACCGAGGAAGUAAUGCCCGAUCCUCUUUGGGCCUUCCUGACAGGCCUCAUAAGAGGAAGAAAGAAGUGUGGAUCAUGGACCCAGCCUCAGACAAGUAUUACAGGUGGCUUUCAGUCAUAGCAGCCCCAGUGUUUUACAACCUGAUGAUGCUGGUGACAAGGUCUGUUCAUCCAGAAU